AUGGCGGUUGAGGGCGGCACGGAGGUUCGCCAGGUGGACGGCGCGGUGAGCGGGUACGAGGUGCGGGUGCUGGAUGCCGACGCGAACGUCGCAGCCACGACGACGACAACUUUCCGCGACGCGGGCAUCACCCUGUCUGGCCUGCAGCUGUCGAGCUUCUACUCUAUUCAGGUGCGCGCCAAGGACACGUACGACGCCUGGGGUCUCUGGAGCGACCCGGUGCCCUUCUACACGCUGAAGCCCGUCACGGUGGGGCUGCAGAGGGUCGGAGAGAACUUCGCGGCGGUGCACUGGUCGCGGCACACCCCUCUGUCGGCACGCCUCCACAGCACCGACCUGGAAGACGGCAGCUUGGCAGCGACGGCACACCCGGUGGGGGAGGCGACGGAAGGGAUGUACGCGGACGACGGCGGCGUGCUGCACCCCGACGAGCGGGUGACGCGCUGGCACGUGCGGGUGUCGUGCAACCGCGUCUUUGCCGGCAUGCCGCAGUCCGAAGACUACCGGGAGCUGUACGUUGGCGAGGGCGAGAGUGCGUUGCAGGUCGACGGACUUCUGCCCCACGCAACGUACUCCAUUGCGGUGCGCGGCCUCAACCACGCCGGCGAGUGGGGCCACUGGAGCCCCUCCCUGUACGUCUCCACCUGUCCGCUGUUGAAGGUCGGGGUGGAGAUGGCGGGGGAGACGUUUUUGCAGGUCGCGUGGAAGCGGCCGGCCGCGCGCACCGGAGUGACGGAGUGGGCAGCACCGCAGGAGGUCGCCGGCGGCCGCGGUCGCGAGCGCAGCCCGCCCGUCAGCGCCAGCGCCGGGUUGAGCCUUCCGGCGUCGGAAAGCGUCAGCAACACGCGGCCCCUCGUCUCCAGCGUAAACUCGCCGAGCGGCAGCGGCGGUGAGGAGGACGGCGGCCAGGAUGGCUCGCUUUCGGGCUCCUUCUCCAGCUCCGUGGCAGAGUCGUACCAGUGCUUCCCGUCGGAUAGCGAAGUGCACAACUACCAGGUCACGAUUCGCCCCAUGCCGAUGGAGCCCGCCUUUGACGAGUCGGACGAGCCGCUGGUCGACGGCGCCCGCGUGUAUGAGACGACGCAGCCGGGCUUGCUGCUCGGUAACCUGCUCUCUGGCUGCCGCUACGCCGUGACGGUGCGGGAGCAGCAGAUCAGCGAAGACGGCCGCCCGAUAGCGGGGGUGUGGGGUGCGGCGUCGGAGAUGGUGUGUACGCAGACGGUGCCACCCGUUCACGUCAUUCCACAGGAGAUCGGCGAGGACUACUGCCUGGUGGAGUGGCGCCGCGCCGCAGAGGCCGACACGCCGGAGGACUCCGUGAAGGCCGGCGGCACCAGCGGCAACAGUAAGGAUGCGAAGAGCGGGUCGCCGAUGACAACGGUGCUCGCGGCGACCACCACGAUCGGCCGCAAGGCCGUGGAAUUUCAGUUGCAGACGCGCCGGCUGAACCCGGACGGUGUCACGCUCUACGAGGGCCCGCUGUCGCUCGACUCCGUCGUGUCUGUGCCGAGCAGCGUGAACACCUACCACAUUUCGAGUCUUGUCCCGAGCAGCGUAUACGAGGUGCGCGUGCGAGCGAAGAUGGAGGGCGGCCAGUGGGGCAUCUGGAGUCUCGCAACGCGCUUCUUGACGCAGAGCCGGCUGGAGCUGCGCGUGGAUAUGGUGCAGGAGGUGGCGAUGCGCCUGUCGUGGAGCCGCGCUCGUGCGAGCGUGAUGCCCAGCAGUGAAAACGAGCAAGCCGACGAGAACGACGCGGGCAAGCCGCUUUCCUUUGCGCAGACGGAGAGUGAGACCGUCUCGGAUGGGGUGGCGAAGAACGCGAGGCCUUCCACCGUAGCCGCGCCUGAGAUCGCCGUUGCCGCGCACGUUGUGCUGCCUAACGAGGCGGUGCACGAAUACGAGGUGGUGCUGGAGGGCAUCAGCUGCGAGCACCACCGCCGUCUCACGUUCGGGCAGGACAUGCAGAUGGUCAUGGUGGAGGACCUGCAGCAGGAUCAGCUCUACUGCGUCUCGGUGCGCUCCCUCAGUGAGCAGCAGCACUGGUCCUACUUCUCGCCGAAGGUCUCGGUGCUCACGCUGGCCUCGGUGCAGGUGCGCGUCUCGCAAUAUACGGAGGCGACGGCGCUAUUGGAGUGGUAUCGCCCCCUGCCAAACAUCGCGCGCUUCAGCGACCUUCUCAGCCGUCAAGAGCGCGAGGUGUUGCAGCAAUGUGACGAGCGCGAGCGCCGGGAGCUUUUUGAGAUGAAGCGCAAGCUGCAAGAGCAGGAGAGCAAGGGCGAGCAGAACGGGGCGGCGCGGUGGCUGGACUCGGCCGCCCGCGAGGAGAAGAACACCAUGCUGCGCGAAGAGGCCACCCUGCACUACCAAAUGGACCGCAUCGUCGUCGGGAUCGCCGACAGCAGCGGGUACGAGCUUCGGCUGACCUUGCAGGACGGAAGCGUCUGCCUGCCGUUUAUAAAGGAGGUGGAGCGGCUGCGACUGCGGCCGUCGAAGACGUCGCGCUUCGGCAGCAACCGUGAUCUUCUGAGCACCACGCGUCGUCUCGCUGGCGGCACAUCCGCCACCCGCGGCUUCCUCAACCCCGUUAUCGGCGGCAGCGGGAGCGCCCGCGAUCGGAAAAAGGAGGCGGUGCUGAAGGUGUCGUACCCGCCUGCCGGGCAGUCCGUCACGCUGUCCAACAACGGCGCCUCGCCAAGCUCAACCGGGACAUCAGCACCGGUAGGCGCCGGGGCGCCGGAUGCGGCGGUGGAGUUGCUGGAUGUGCAACUGCAGCCGAGCGUCACGCAGGUGCUGCUGCAGGGACUGAGCCCGAAUUCCACCUUCGUCGUCACCGUGCGCGGGCGCAGCGGGCCCGAGACGUGGCAGCCGUGGAGCCCGCCCACGCAGCUGGAGACGCUGGCCCCGAUCCUGCUGGACCAGAGCCGCUUUGGCGAGCACUACAUCAACCUGUACUGGUAUCGCGAGGAGGCGACGGCAAUGGCGGCCACUGUGCAGGAGACCGAAGAGUAUCGCCGCCUGCAGCGCGAGUUCCACAACUUCACCGAGCGCGAUUUGGAAACGCAGCGUGGGCAGCUGAGCGCGGCGGAGUACACCUCCCUCGUGGGCCGCGUUCGUCGGCUGCGGGCGCUGCGCCGCCUCGCCGCCGACCGCGCCCGGCGCCACGCAGCGGGCGAGUUGGGCCUGCUGACCGACCUUAACUGCCCCAUCCGUGGUUUCCAGUUGCGCGUCGUUGACGAGGCCGGCACCGUCUCCGAGCAUUACCUGCCGAAUGACGCGGCGAAGCCGAUGCUGAGCUACACCGAGACGGGCCUGCAGCCGAACAACAUGUACGUGUGCCGCUUAUGCCCUCACUACGGCGAUGACGUCUGGGGCUGCUGGACGGCGCCGCUAAAGUAUAUGACACACAACCUCAUUCAGCUCGACCUCACCUACAUCAGCGAGACCUUCGUGGACCUGGAGUGGUGGCGGCUGGACAACAAGGAGGUGGCCAAGAUGGACGUCCACGACACCCUGCUGAGCAGUCGCUACACGGAGGAGGUGCAGGUCUAUCAGCUCCGCAUCACCCACGAAGACGCGCAGACGAAUGAAGAGGUGGAGGAGUUCCGUGACAUGCAAGCAACCAACGUGCUGCGCAUCGACGCCCUCUUGCCGGACAUGAAGUACACCAUCGCGGUGCGAGAGUGGGACGCCAAGGGUGACUGGGGCCUCUGGUCCGCGCCGUGCUCUUGUGUCACGCUGCCAAGCAUUGAGACGGUGGUGACGGAGGUGAAGGAGUGCAGCGCGUACGUGUCGUGGUCGCGCACCGCGCCGCGCAUCGACUACGAGAGCGACAUGCACGUGCUGGAGGGCAAUGUCGAGAUCACGGGCUUCUAUCUUCGUUUGGAGGAAAUCCCCGUGCACGGCCGUGCCGUCGCUGAUGCAGCGGACGGGACAAGGCGUGACAGCGGGAUGCCGUCGAACCCGCCCGACUCCGACGACGGAAGCUUCUCUGACUUGGACGAGAGCGCCGGUGCCUUGUCGAUGGACCUCGACACCGCCCGACUCAACACCUCGUUCCACGGCGUCCCAACCGUCGCUACGGAGGAGAGGCCGCGCAUGGUGGAGGUGGACGAGUUGGAGGGGACACUUGCCUUCGGUUUUCAGCGCGGCGGUCCACUCCCACCCGAUCCGCAUCCCGUGCUGUGCGACGGGAUGGUGCCGAACAACGCCGAUAAGUCGGCGACGUCAUCUACAUCUUCCUCCAAGGCACGGCAGCACUAUUUGAUGGUGAAGAGAAUAGCUUCAAGCACGGAGCUUGAGGCUGCCCUUGCGAGGUUGAACCCGCAGACGAUCUACUGCGUGCAGGUGAUGGCGGAGACGACCGGCGGACAGGUGGGCCCGUGGUCUUCGCCGCACCACUUCAUUACCAUGCCGCGCAUCCGCCUUUCACCGGCUACCAUUUAUGAACACUACGCUACGCUGCAGUGGGGUCGCGUGACACUCACCCCCUUGGCUAACUUGGUGACGAGCAGCAACAACCACCACAGCGAUCAGCGAAGCAGCUGGAGCGCCGUCGACAUCGCGAGAAGAAAGGUGACGCUGCCCACGUCGAAGGUCGUGGCCUACGAGCUGGAGGUGGUUGGUCAGGGCUGUGAACUUGUGCUGAGCACCCGCUUCGAGACGAACUCGCCGACCAGCAACUUUCGCGUGACAGGGCUGGCGCUGGACUCCUUGUACACCGCCCGCGUCCGAUCCUUCAACGAGGCGGGCGAGGCGAGUCUCUGGUCGACGGAGCGCAAGUUUGUGACGCUGAAGCGCCUCCUCGUGCACCCGAAGGAGAUCGCAGAGAACCACAUCGACGCGGAGUGGGGGCGGCCGGAGCAGAACCCGGAGAGCUACCGCGCGAAGAUCGCCGCGAGGGCCGAUAAGGAGGAGUUGGUGGGGGCAUCCGCCUCGAUGAAGUUCACGAACCCCGCUCCAGGCACAACCGCGUUCACCGCACCUGGAGGACACGAAAACGCGAGCGCGGACUCGGAGUUCUCGAUGCAUGGCACCCAUAUGUCCACCGAAUCCGCCACUAACACCGGCACCGCGGCUGCCGGGUCACCCCACGUUCCGUCUGUCUCUGUCGGUGCCCGCGAUGCGGUGAAGUACCACGUGCGCGUCUACCACGCCACCGAGGACGUCCCGCCGGAGUUGUUUUUAGAGAAGCACCUGAGCGGCAGCAGCAUGAGUCUGACGGUGAGCUCCCUGGACCCCAACUCGAUUUACCUGCUUUACGUGCGGGCCGUCAACCACGACGGGGUGUGGAGUGAGUGGUCGGAGGGCCGCUGCGUCUACACGAUGAAGCCGCUCGUCUCCAGCGUCGCCACGGUGGGUGAGGACUUUGUGCGGCUGCAGUGGAGCCGCGAGGCGCCGGAGGAGCUGCACUACGCGCCGCACCCGGAGAGCGUUCACGAUAAGAACAGCGGUGCGAGAGAGGCAGCUGCGUCGACCUCCGCGAAGGAGCGCAACAACGACGGCGAGUUGACGGAGGGCGGCGGCGGCAACAGCGGGCAGGAGAGCGGCCCCCCACCGCAGGAGUACAGGGACGAUGACGUGCUUCUUCAGCCGACACGAAGCGACGGGGCAGUGGCGGCCGCCUUGGCGAGUGAAUCACCGAUGGGCUCGCCGAGUUGGCAGCGCCGGCGACGCUUUGUCGUGCUGGACAAACCAGCCGGGGACGCCGGGCCCGUCUACCACAGCGCGGCCACGUCGAUCCUUUCUUACGUUAUUUCUGUCCGCCGGUCGGAGGAGGCGGAGGACUACACCGUCGAGGUGCCAGGCGACGUUCAUCAGUACACCCUGCCCGCGCUGCAGCCGGAUUGCAUUUAUCUGGUCAGCGUGCGCGCCAAGUACGGCAGCGGGGAGUGGAGCCCGUGGAGCGACCCGGUGCGCACCGGCACGUACAACCUGCUCGCCACGGACGUCAAAGAGGUGGGCGAGGACUACUUCUCCGCGGCCUGGCAGCGCAAGGCCAACACGAUCCACAUGGGCUCGCUGCGCCUUGGCAAGGUCGAGGAGACGGUCUGCUACGAGGUGCGGGUGCGGGACUACUCCGACAUCCCCCUCGGCGAGGAGGAGGGUGAGCUGGCGAGGCAGCGGGUGCCGGAGGGACGCAGCUUAUUCUUGCACCCGAACCAGCGCCACUGUGUGAUGCGCGAGCUCCAGGCGAACCACCGCUACCGUCUCACGGUGCGGCGGUGGUACCAGCCCCACGACGGCUUCGCGCAGUCGUCGGACGGUGACGCAGACGAGAGCGCAGCGAGUGGGGACAGUGCGAAGGUUACUAUCGAUCCGGCGCUGCACGAGGCGAUGGAGAAGGCGAAGGCCGCGCCAGGCGUGUGGAGUGAGGCAGAGUACGUCGUCACGUUGCGCGGGAUGGUCUGCACGGUGGAGCGUGUCGGCGAGGAGUUCUUCCAGCUGCGGUGGGCCCGGGACCCCCGCGCCAUCCCGCUGGCCGUGCGCCGCGCGAUGCCCGUCAAGCCGGUGCAGACGUACCAACUGCGCAUUGACGAGAUGCUGCGCGACGGCUCAGCAGUGGAGUCGACCCGCAGCAGCAACACGCUUCACCUCGACGAGCUCAUGCCCCCGACGGAGACAAGCUACUUUAACAAGUUCCUCAAGCCGAACACGCUGUAUAAGAUUGAGGUGCGAUGCUGCAUUGAGAAGGCGUGGGGGCGGUGGAGCAGGCCGGUGUACGUGAUCACGCUGCCGUGCCUGCAGAUUGAGCUGAGCCGUAUCGGCGAGGUGUGUGCCACCAUCACGUGGCAACGCCCCCGCGAGCCUCUCACGCUGCCCGACGGCGAGGUGGCGGUGCUCGGCGACGAGGAGGACGCCGAUGGCACCUAUCAGCUGGAGGUCUCCGGGGUGGGGUUCAGCUACCAGGUGUCGAAGCGCUUCAAGGCAUCGCGCUCCAGCUACACGGUGAAGCACCUCGACGCGGAUGCGCUCUACUCGGCUCGUGUGCGGUGGGGCGACAGCGUGAACCAGGCGUGGAGUCUGUGGAGUGAGACGACGUGUUUCGCGACGCUGAAGGCGCUGCAGGUGCAGCUGUCGAUGCCGACGGAACACUUCGUGAACGUUGAAUGGAGCCGGCCGAAGCAGACGGCGGAGGAGUACGUGACUCGAGUGGAGAAGCAGCAGAAGGGUGCGGCAUUGUCGUCGGCGCCUUCUCCCCUUCCGCCUCCGCCUUCCGGCGCUUCCGAAAGCACAGCGGGAGCAACAGCAGAGCAGACGGAGGCAGAGCAGACGGACAAGGGUGUCUCUCUCGUGUCUCCUCUCGCAACCGCCAUCCAACUGGGCAAUCCCGGCUCGCUUGCCUUUCACCUCUGCGUCUUCAACACACAGGAAACACCCUCGGUCGCGGUGGUGGACAAGCAGUUCCACAAGGACGUGUCGCAAUAUCGCGUGAGUGGGCUGAACGCCGACACACCCUACGUCGUCAUCAUUCGUGCCUGCUGUGAGGCGACCGGCGACUGGGGCCUGUGGAGCGACGAACACCCUUUCCGGACGCUGAAGCUGCUCGCACCGACAGUGUCGGGUGUCGGCGAGAACUACGCGGAGCUGACGUGGGAGCAGGGCGAUGGCACGGGGCAGCUACGCACCACCGAGGCGACCGGUGCGGCGAACAGCGGUGGCCCAGUGAUGCCGACGAAGUUUUUGAUGGUUCUCCGCUCCACGCACUUCGGCACGGUUGAGCGUGAAAUCACACGUGAGGAGUGCGGGGCGUCGCAAGGAGUGUACCCGGUGGCGCACUACCGUCUUGCGCAGCUGCACCCCGGCACGGAGUACGCCGUUGCGCUGCAGCCGUACUACGGUGAUACGGCAGACUGGGGCCUGUGGUCGCAGGCAGUGUUGUUCACCACGCUGCACACGCUGCAGAUAACCGCCACGGUGCGCGGGGACGCGGCGGACUUGUGCUGGAGCCGGCGGGGCGCUCCAGGUGGGUGGGAGACGGCUGUCCGUGUGGUGGACGGGGCGCCGCCAGACGUGGUCAGCGGAACCGACUUUGGUGCUCCAAGGUCUCCUUUGUCCAUCUGCCCCCCUUCAGUCGGCGGCGUCAUCAACUCCGUGGCGCCGCUGGUCAGCACCCGCACGGUGUCGCGCUACCAGCUCGCCAUGUACCGCGAGUCCGACUGGGCGAUCUUGCGGCAGCAGCACGCGUCGUUGGAGAUGAGCACCUCCACCGCGUCGUACUCCUCCCGAUCCCUCAGCCUGGCCGUUGCAGCGGAGCAACAGCUGCACAGCGGGCAGACGAGUCCCAGCGCGUCCCCCGUGAAAGGUGGCAGCCGCCACGCCGCAAAACUCGGAGAGCUGCGCUCGCCCAACAGCCCCUCGAAGCUGCUGAAUUCCCCGCUGCGUCGUGGUCAACGCGGCUCGCGAGACGUGGCCGUGGCACAGUCGCAGACGGCGAUUCCGGAUAUGGACAUGGCAGCCGUCGCCAACCUCGAGUCGACCGGUGCCGCAACCGGCCACCCUUCUUUCUUCCUCUUCCGCAAGACCUACGACUUGAACGACACCAACACGGCCGCCACCAAUACUCCUCCUAGCUCAGUAAAUACGAGCGGUGCUGGCAGCUGCACAAACCCAAACUGCGUGACCGAGCACGUGGAGGGGCUGACGCCCGAUACGGUGUACAUCGUCCGCCUUCGUGCGAUGGAUCUCGGUGGCCACUGGGGCGCCUCGGUGGAGCAGCGCAUCGUCACGCCGCCGCUGCCGCCGUCGCAGGUUGUGCUGCGCCGCGUCAACACACAGUUUUGCUCCCUGCAGUGGGCGCCGCCGCCGUUGACGGCAAAAACGACGCCCCUGCCGGGAGAGACAUCGGCGAACAACGUCACCGGCGGUGCGUCUGGCGUGUUGUCUGCCGCGUCGGACGCUCUCGCUGCUCGCUACCGCUACGUCAUUGAACAGUGUUUUGUGGGGACCGACGCGGCGGCCACGGCGAACGCGAGCAGCGCCGGGCCCUCCUCAGCGCCGGCCAACGCAGCAGCAGCGGGGAGAGGCGGGAGCACCGGUGCUUCGCGACGGGGUGCGGGUGGCGGCGGCACCGGCGGACCGGGCGGACCCGGCGGAGCGGGAGUGCCGACGAUAGGGACCGUUGGGCCGGAGUGGCGCGUGGUGGACACCGUCGAAGACACCCUGGUCUGCGCCGUGCGUAUUAGCGGGUUGCUGACGCGGAUGCGCUGUCGGGUGAAGUGUGCACGACGCCACACGGCGCCGGCCCCAGCGCUGACGAGCGUCGACGGCGACACCGGCGAGACUGUCGUCCCUCCGCGGCUGUCCACCUUUUUGGGUCCCUACAGCGACUUCUCGGAGGUGGUGACGGUGUCGAGCGGCACCCCGCCGGAGGGGGUGCAAGACCUCCAUCUCACCUCGCUCUCUCGCAACGCGGCGACGCUGGAGUGGCUGCCCCCGCCCAAGCCGUCCGAGGCCGCGGCCGGGCGCUACACCCGUCCCCACUACCGCGUCUACUUGGCCAACACGACGGAUCAACCCUACCCAAUGCUGCUCGCAACGGUGCACCGCCCAACGUACCCUCUGACGAACUUAACGCCGGGCACUGCGUACACGGUGCAGGUGGUGGCGGAGAACAACGACGGUGUCAGCUUCAACAACCUGAUUCUCCUCUUUCACACCAAAGCCGAGGAUGACACGACGGUGGCGCGCUAUGAGGAGAGCAAGUCGAAGGAGGCCGCCGCCGCUGCCGCGCCGUUGGGUGAAAUCGUGCCUUUCCACGGCCCCCGCGCACUGCAGCAGACGGAGGAGGACGGCGCCUUCGUGGGCGCCGACGUCUUCGAUGACGUGGCGGAGAUCCCGACGGCGUCGCGGCGGCUGAUGGGCGGACCGUCGCCGCCUUCGCUGAUGCCGCAGCGCCGCGGUCGUGGCAGUCGUGAUGGGGCGGCCGGACGGAUACGUGGCUCGCUGAAGAAGGAAUCUGAAGGCGCAGCAGCGACAGCCCGUCCAUCGACGUCGCCGCAGCGAAAGCAUUCCAGGAAGCGUAGCUCUAGUGCGAAGGGCAAAUCCAAGGCGAAAAGGGAGAAGGGCAGCGCCUCCGCGACACACAGAACGGCGAGUAAGCACAAGAAAGCAAUGGCGAUUACGGCGUCCCCGCCGGAGCCAGUCCCGCUGGCCAAGGAGCAAGGCACCCGUCUGCCCCCGCUCUCCAGGACAAUGUAG